AUGGCUCGUUCUUCCGGUAGUAGGAGUGCUACUAGACGGUCCGAUGUAGAGACGACAACUUUAGAGGAAGUCCCAACAGCACUCCAAGAUCAGCUUGAAGAUUUGCUGGAGCAAGAAGAAGAGAUUAAAAUUGCUAUCUCAACAGAUCUACAGGUUGAUGGUACUUACGGAAAAGAUUGGGUGUUAGCAACGGAUAAACGCUUGCUCGCUUUUAACCAAAACGGUGCGCCUACACCUGAAAUCCAGAACAUUGCACUUGAAGCCAUUGAUAGUAUUGAAAUACGAGAGUUGCAUGGCAAUAACUUCAUGAAAGUGCGAACCUCAGAGGGGGCACUUGAAAUUGCUCGCUACUCUAAGCGGCUCGCUCCUAAGUUUGCCGAGGCAACGCCGGAAAUCGAAUUGUUGAUUGACAAAGUCAAGCCGGAGGCGGAAACAUCUAAACGACAUCGGAAAUAUGUCGAUCCCGGAAAAAAGAAGAUUAGAUGUGAAACUUGUGGACGCCCGAUCCCGCGAUGGUCUGAUGUCUGCCCGAACUGCGUCGAGAAGGGGAAACUCCUCGUCCGCCUGCUAAAAUACGCGAUCCCAUUUUGGAAGGUUUCUGUUCCGGCACUACUAAUCAUGCUGGUCAUACGGCUUGUAGACCUCUAUCCCCCUAUUCUGAGUAAAUCGCUUAUUGAUGACAUCCUUGUUCCUGCAAUGAUGGCAAUAACAGGAGGACAGCUGGUCGAACCGGGCGCAUUUGAACAACUGGUGAUGAUUGUGCUGCUGAUGGUUGGAGCGCACGUUUUCACGGCAGUUUUCUCAGCAGUCCGGGGAUACAUGAUGACGUGGGUCGGUCAGCGCAUCACGCUGACAUUGCGGAAUGAUGCCUUUCGACAUAUGAGUAUCCUUUCGCUCGAUUUCUACCAACAGCGGGAGACGGGAAAUCUGAUGUCACGCAUCACUCAGGACAUCGGACGGCUGCGAGACUUUAUCGCUGAAGGGUUGCAGGAUAUUAUCGGCGAUUCAAUGGCGCUGGUCUAUAUGUGCAUUAUCAUGUUUGUCAUUAACUGGCAGCUGGCACUUUGGGUGUUGCUUCCGAUUCCCUUGAUUAUCCUUUUCUCAUUCUACUUUGGACACAAGAUGCACAAGGUUUUCCACGUUCUGUGGAAACGCUACGCUGGAAUUAGCACAAUUUUGGCGAGUACGAUUCCAGGGAUACGGGUUGUUAAGGCGUUUACCCGUGAGAAAUACGAAGUCGACCGUUUUGAAAAACAGGCACAUCUGGUUUUUGAAGGGGAAAUGAAUGCCGCUAAACUGUGGACACUUUAUCAGCCGAUCAUGACUUUCAUGACCUAUAUUGGAACAGUGCUCAUCUGGUUCGUUGGGGGACGCCAGAUCCUCAACGGAGAUUUAACGCUUGGUGAGAUUAUGCUAUUCAUGACUUAUAUGACCCGGUUUUUACAGCCCGUACGAACGCUUGCGCAGAUGAACCGCCGGUUCCUGAGAGCCGCGACUUCUGCUGAACGGGUCUUUGAGGUCCUCGACACGCCGCCUAGUGUUGCGAGUAGCAGCGAUGCUAUUGACCUUCCAAAUAUGCGGGGGCAGGUUGAAUUUCGCGACGUUUUCUUCUCUUAUGAUACUGAGAAAAACGCCAUCAACGGUAUUAGCUUUACCACCAAACCGGGAGAGAUGAUCGGGCUCGUCGGACCUAGCGGUGCAGGCAAGAGCACCCUCAUCAAUUUAGUCACCCGAUUCUACGAUCCCAACGAAGGUGAAAUUCUCAUUGACGGGCAUGAUAGCCGCGAUAUUGAACUUAAGUCUCUGCGAGGACAAAUUGGGGUAGUGUUACAGGAUCCAUUCCUGUUUGAAGGCACCGUCUCCGACAAUAUCGGCUACGGAAAACCGGAUGCAACUCGUCAAGAGAUUAUCGCUGCAGCUAAAGCCGCAAACGCCCACGAUUUCAUCAUUAAGUUUCCCGAUAGUUACGACACGAUGGUUGGUGAAAGAGGGACACGCGUUUCUGGCGGAGAACGUCAGCGAAUCUCCAUUGCUCGUGCUAUCCUCAAAAAUCCGCGCAUUCUCAUCCUUGAUGAGGCAACCUCGUCUGUUGAUACGGAGACCGAGUCGAGAAUCCAAGAGGCAUUGGGACGGCUGAUUCAGGGACGGACCGUCUUCGCGAUUGCACACCGCCUUUCGACACUCAAACAUUCCAAUCGUCUGGUUGUUCUCAAAGAAGGGCAAGUUGAUGAGAUUGGCACACACGAGGAACUCAUCGCCAAAGGCGGCACUUACGCCAACUUAUGUGAAAAGCAGAUGGAGCUCUCGAAGAUUCGGGCAUGGUAG